UAGAAUACUGCUUGGAAUACAAUGACCUGAUGCACUAUAAGCUUGAAAUAAGAGAAAAGACAAAAACUCAACAGGAUUUAUAUUCAUAAGCAGAUAAGAUGCUAUUUGGACUUGUUGUGGUGGUUUAUGCAGUGCAGAUGGUGUUUCGUGGAAAGGAGGACCCAAAAGACAAAAAGCAGAAGAAAGGCGAUGUGAAAUACCGAUUGCUGAAAAGUAAACAGCGGCUGGCCAAACUGACUGAACUCAACAAAGUCUAUGAUGAACAAAAGGAAAAGCUACAGAGAGAGAUUGGUGAUCUCAAGGGCUGCAUUGAUUUCCAAAAGAAGAUCAUUGAUGAUAGGAAAAAAGAAUUUGAACACCUGGAAUCAGUUUGUGGUAUAUGUCACUGCAAUGACUGUAUAGAGGCUGACAUCAAAGCCAAUAGAAAGGCAGGUCUAGCCAAGAAAGUUCACCCAAAAGAAGAGCUUUGGAUUGAGUAAGGAAUUAUGCAAUGAAGAUGAUGAUGGUCUCAGGAAUCAUACAAUGAUGAUAGGAUUUCUCAAUAGAAAUUCUGAGAUCUGGACUCAGGUGACCCAUAUAUGGGCACCAAGAUAUUGAGCAGAAAAGACAUUAGUAUUCUAUUUAUAGAUGCCACACAAUAGUUCUCAAUCUCUUCCCCUUGUUUCUAAAUGUAU